AUGCCUAGCCAGAUCAAGUUUGCUGAGCCAAUCUCGAGGAAGGAGGAUGAACGCUGUCGGAGGGAUAACUGUGAAAAGGGGUCGACUCAAAGAUCACUUUCUCCUGGUAAUGAAAUUGUUUACCCAACAGGAUGGAGGUUGAUUCUUACUAUCAUAGGGCUUCUGAUUGCGUUCUUUCUGUCUAACUUGGAUGUUACCAUCGUGAGCUCGUCUCUGACCAGUAUAACGGAUAGCUUAGAUGGGUUCGAAAAGAGAAGCUGGAUCGUUACUGGGUAUUUGGCUACAUAUACUGGUUCUAUGGCAUUAUGGACAAAAAUCAGCGAUAUCAUCGGAAGGAAACAAACCACAAUUGCCGCACUCGUUAUUCUGCUCGCUUUUUCUAUUGGAUGUGGCUGCGCCAAGACAGUCAAUCAACUUAUCAUAUUUCGAGCACUCCAAGGGGUAGGCGGUGCUGGCGCAUAUGCACUUACAAUAUUAUGUAUCUAUGAGAUAGCUCCUAAAGCGAAGCUGCCGACCUACAGUGGCAUAAUGUCAACUUGUGUGGCUCUUGCAUCUCUUCUUGGCCCGAUAAUUGGAGGCGCUCUUGCGCAAGAUCAGGCCUGGAAAUGGGUGUUUCUGAUAAAUGCUCCCUUGUGCGCUAUUGCGAUCAUUAUUAUCAUCGUGGCAAUGCCUCAAAACUUUGGCCUUGACCAACAUAUUCCCUCAUUUAGAACAAGGGCUUCAUAUCACUCGUUUGCGAAUCUUGACCUAAUGGGAUCAUUCCUUUUAAUGGCUGGCUCGUUUUUGAUCGUUGCCAUCUUGAAUGAAACAAAUCUAGCAUUCUCAUGGUCAUCAGGGGCUGCAAUCGCGCUUCUUGUGGUUAUGGCCCUCAUUUGGAUUGGGUUCUUUGCUUGGGAGUGGUAUAUCUCAGGAAUUCCAGGAAAAGAGCCAAUUUUUCCCAAGCGUUGGCUGUUCGAUCGCUCAUGGAUGGGCAUACUGAUCUCUUCGUUCGUUACUGGUGCACCAUUCAAUGUCGUUUUGGUCUACGUCCCACAGCAAACCCAGCUCCUCUUAGGAAAGUCGCCUCUGGAUGCAGGUAUCUACUUAAUCGGAUACUCUGCAGUUGCCGUUUUUACUGCGGCAAUGGUCAGUAUUGCAAGUGCCAAGGGACGCAUUCCAUUCAUAUAUUCUCUGCUUGUGGGAUGUGUAGUCCACACUGUCGGUCUUGGACUCCUGUCGACCGUUGCAAUAUCAAAGGGCUUCCAUGCAACAGACAUCGUCUACUCAGCAAUCGCCGGAGCAGGAAUUGGAAUGAUAAUGGGUGUCUUAUUGAUGGUAACACCAUACAUGGUCGAGGAUAGAGAUAUCACUAUCGCCACUGGUGCAAUAGUCCAGCUCCGAUUCCUCGGUGGUGCUAUUGGUCUUGCUAUUGCUUCAAAUAUUCUCAACGGCAGCCUGAAGCACCAUCUGCAUGGUGUUAUAUCGAGGCACGACAUACAUCUCCUUCUCGAGAAUGCGACUCGGAUAACACUUCUAUCUCCUCGUCUACAACAGGUCGUUAGGGAUGUUUUUGCAAUCAGCUUUAGCACACAGUUGAAGGUCAUGAUUGGAUUCGCAGCUGCUCAACUACCGGCAACUCUGCUCCUCUUGAAACCUGGCCGUCAGCUCGCCGCCCACAAGAAGCAUUCAGCAAUUUCUUCGGGUUGA